AUGUCGAACCUUACAAAGCUUGAAUUUGCGGCCCUUGAUAUUACUGGAAAGAACUAUUUGUCUUGGGUGUUAGACGCUGAAAUUCACCUAGAUGCAAAAGACCUUGGUGAUACAAUCAAAGCAGGCAAUAAAGCAACAAGUCAAAACAAAGCUAAGGCUAUGAUAUUUCUUCGCCACCACCUCCAUGAAGGUCUUAAGAUUGAGUACUUGACCGUGAAAGAUCCACAAGUCCUUUGGAGUAAUCUAAAGGAAAGGUAUGACCACCAGAAAACUGUAAUACUACCCAAAGCUCGUUAUGACUGGUUACAUUUAAGACUACAAGACUUUAAGUCUGUAAGUGAAUAUAACUCAGCUAUGUUCAGAAUUACUUCACAGUUGAAAUUAUGUGGAGAGAAAAUCACUGAUGCAGAAAUGCUAGAGAAAACAUACACUACCUUUCAUGCGAAUAAUGUUGUCCUGCAGACACAAUACCGUGAAAAGGAAUUUAAGAAAUAUUCUGAACUUAUAUCUUGUCUCCUUGUGGCUGAGCAAAAUAAUGAGCUACUGAUGAAAAAUCAUGAAUCACGUCCAACUGGUUCUGCUCCAUUCCCUGAAGCGAAUGCGACAUCCCAUAAUGGGAAAGAAAAAUAUCAUGCCAACAAUAGUGGACGUGGACGUGGACGUGGACAUGGAUAUGGAUAUGGACAUGGUCGAGGUCGUGGACGUGGACGUGGAUACGGAUAUGGUCGAGGUCGAGGCCGAGGCCGAGGUGGUUAUUUCCAGAAUUCAUAUUCCCACCAGAAGGGGACAAUAAAGAUGAUAACAAACAAGAGAAAGAUAAAAAUGAGAACGUGA